AGUCAUUAGGAUUCACUACAGACUGAAGUAGUGUGGAUGGAUCUGAUGCCUUCCCUGAUGGGAAGAGCUCUGACCCCAACAGGUAUAAUGUCUGGAUUGGAGAGUUUCAAAGGUGCCGUGGAAAAGCAACAGAGAGAGACUUCUUUUGGACAGUAACCCUAAAUAAGGUACUGCUUCAUGACAACCCUUUCCUGGCAGGGCCUAUCUGCAGCACCAGAUCAGGCUGGCCCAUCCUGAGGCGGCAACCUACACGGGCCAAUCGCAUCACUCACAAUGAAAGCCUGCCACUCAAGAUAAUACCGCUUGGCCCCAAACACUGUAUCGCGUGUGCCUUUUCCUGCCUUCUGAAAAAGUUGAGGCUGAGCUGCUGAGCCUGACCCUUACCAGGCCUUUGGAAUUCCUCUGCAUACAGAUUAGAUAGGGGAUUUUUUUUUUUUUAAAUUGGAAACUAACUUCAGUUCACUUUAGAACCUCUUGUUUGAUGCACAAGUCUGGCUAUUUCAGAGAUUUCGGCUUUGCAAUUAAGUUGGAAUCGAUCUCUUUUCUCAGAAAAAACUGCUAGUUAGUUGUGGUCAGCAGAAGUCUCCACAUAGGCAUUAGCAAGGAAGGUUCUUGCUGAGGCUCACGCCAAGAAAAGCUCAAAGGAGAACUUUGAGAACUCAUUUUCAGGAUGAAGCUGCAAGAGCAAAGAAAUACUUCUAACACGAACAAAUGCUGUCCGUUGACCAACAGAUGCAGGAAGAAUCUUCUCCCAGCCACUGCCGCUCCUGUGAUGGGAAUCUGGCUCCUUCAAGUGCAACUUCCCCUCCUGCUGCUGCUCUCUGGCCUGCAGAGACCCACGGCUGCAAUUAAAAUCAACUUUGACUUGGUAGAAGAUUCCUUUGAUGAUCAGUAUCAAGGCUGCAGCCAACAGGUCAUGGAGGAGCUAAGUCAAGGGGAUUAUUUCACAAAAGAAGUAGAAACCCACAGGAAUUACUCCAGGGCCUGGGGUUCUGCCCACUUAACCUGGUUGAGCCGAAGUAAAGCUCUCCCUAAGAACAUGACUAUCACACAUGCUGUGGCCAUUUUAGUUUAUACAUUGAACAAAAAUGUUCACUCUGACUUCACUAAAGCCAUGGCCAGUGCUGCCAGGUCUCCAUGGCAAUAUAAACAUUCAUUCCAUUUCAAAUAUCUUCAUUACUACCUGACCUCAGCAAUCCAGCUGCUGAGGAAAGGGACUGUCGUGAAGAAUGACUCUCUGUGUUACGAGGUGCAUCAUGAGGCUGAUUACUUGAAAGCCUACACAGGUGACACCAUUCGAUUUGGCCAAUUCCUAUCCUCCUCCCUCCUAAGAAAAGAGGCACAGAAGUUUGGGAACCAAACUCUAUUUACCAUCCUUACCUGCAUGGGUGCACCUGUACAAAACUUCUCUCUCAAGAAGGAGGUCCUGAUCCCGCCCUAUGAGUUGUUUGAAGUUGUAAACAUGAGCUACCACCCAGGAGGAAAUUGGUUGCAACUGCGGUCAACCGGAAAUCUGAGCACCUACAACUGUCAGCUGCUAAAAGCUUCCAGCAUAAGGUGUAUCCCUGCUCCUGUAGUUACUGCUGCUCUCUCUGUUUUGAUGAGUGCCAUCAUCUCUUCUAAAAGUGGAGUAUAAAGGAGACUGGCAUUUGCUUUUCCUGUACCCUUUUGCUUUAUUCCAGUCAGGGCACCCUGAACGCCCUUGGGGAAACACUCUGCCCCACCAACUCAUGCAGAGCUGGCUCAGCCCACUGCCUAAGAGUGGGCUUGUAACUCAGUAUAUUUCUUCUCCAUGGACACAGAGCUCCAUGCUGGCACAGAAAAUGACCCUGUCAGUCUAUGAGAUAACUUCAGGGUACUUUGUUGGCACUGGGAUUAGGAGUGAGGUGGGAACUUUUUUUUUUUUUUGAGUGGAGCUUAAUGAAAACAGAGUGUGAGCCUAGAGCUGCUAGCAGCUAUCUUGCCCCCAGGAAGGGAGACCCUACCUUCCUGAGAAUGGAGCUAACACAAUGAAGGAAAAGCUGAGGAGUGAAAAGAAACUGAGUCCGGAUGAGAGUGCAUGAACCACUAGAUCCAACCGUGCCUGAAACUAAAUACUGUGGGCUUUUUCAUUACAUGAAUCAAUAAACUAUAUUUUUGCU